AGUUAAAACUUGCACGAGAAAACAAAAUUCACCCAACUAUUUCUGCUCAAAAAUCUGUAUAAAAUGCCGGUUUUCACAGGUAUAUAAUUCCACCUUCGUGCCAUAUUUGAAUUUUAUCUAAAUAUUGUGUAAUUGAUGUAAUUUCCUUUCUUCAUUCUCUUAAACUAGUGUCUGUAAAGUGGGGUCGUGAGAAGUUUGAUAACAUCGAGUUGAACAGCGAUGAGUCUCCGGAGCUCUUCAAAGCUCAACUUUUCGCUUUAUCAGGAGUGGCGCCUGAAAGACAAAAAGUCAUGUUCAAGGGAUCCGUAGUUAAGGUACAUUGAUCGCUCGAUUCAUUAACAGAGCAGUUAUAAUGCAUCCUCCUUGAACUGCAAAACUAUUUAGGGAUUUGACAAUUCCUGUCCAUGUCUAGAUUAAUUACCACGUGAUUGAAUUAUCUUAUGACACAUUGACGCCGGGUGUUACACUUAAAUCCGUUAUUUUUCACAGUAUCAUUAUGAUGAUAAUUGAUAUUGAGUUUACAAUAUUUCCGUUUGUCCUGUAUCUAACGUGUCGAGCUCGUCAAAAUGGAAAAGUGUAACAUUCUGUAGCUAUAAAAGAUUUCAUUUCCUUUUAGAUUGUCGAUCCAAGCUUUUAACCUUAGAAACUUCUGGCAACAAACCGUAGAUCAGAAACCCGUAGGCAUCCCACAGCAAAGUGGUUAUUUAGACAUAAGGGUUUCAUAGUAGAGUGAUGGGAUAAAAAAAUUACUUUGAACAAGAAAUGGUAUGAAUUUUCAUCAGGACUGUCAAUUCAAACAAAAAAAUGCUUAAUUUGUAGUAUAUUAGUUAUGUUUCACAUAGUGCUGGGGUAUCACGACAUUUUCAAAACAUUUAAGAUGGCUCUGAACCUCUUCAGCAUGAUAAUUUAAACUUUACUAAAGACUUGAUAUGCUGAACAAGGUGAUUAUUUUGUUCAAAGAGGCAAUACAAAAUGGUGUCACAUGACUUGAUAUUAAGGUAAGCCUGUUCAGGCAGGUAAUACCAUUGCUAAACUAAGGUCAUAACGUGAAGGAGCUUCUCAUGAGGUCUUUUGAGUUUCAGGGUUAUACUCAUGUUUGAAAAAAAUUUCUUCUUUAAUUUAGGAUAAUGACUGGGGAAACUUCAAGCUUAAAAAUGUAAGUAAAUGAUAAGAGCAGAGUACUUAAAGCUAUUAGUUAAGGGAUCACUGGCUGGCAUUUCCUGAUCAAAUGCCACAUUGCUCAAAAACAGUACUUUGCCUCCUUAAAAAAUUUAAGUUCUGCAUGAUGUAACAACACCUUUUGGUACUGAAUAACUUCAAUUCACACUUACAAGAUCAGUACAAAGUCCAAGUACAAGCAUAGUUUUAUUUAUUUAUUACAAUCUAUGGUCAAAAAGGCCGAAGGAUAAUCUGCAAAGGAGUUUGAAAUCCCAUAUAAAAACAGAUCACCCAUGAACUAAUAUAAAUACACUAAAGAUAAUAAAUUCAAGAAAUGAAUUUAUGAAAAGGAAAAAUACCCAAGAACACUUGUGAUGAGAAUAAAGAAAAAUGUUAGUAAGGGGAUUAUUAGUUAAUCCAAUACCAAAUUCUCCAAACUGACAUGAACAUUUUAUGGCAGGUAGUAAAGCAGAAUUACUAUUUAGAUCUGGGAGUUAACAGGUUAAUGCAAAGCUUUUGUCUGGUCUCCAUGUAUUGUUGUCUUUAGGUUAUAUUUUUGGUUUCUUUAGGGAAUUACUUUACUAAUGAUGGGAUCUGUUGGAGAACUGCCACAAGCUCCUGAACAGAAGACUCUUUUUGUUGAAGACAUGACCGAAGCACAGCUGGCAUCAGCAGUAAGAGUGGAUUCUUAAUAUUAAUUAUCAAUUUACUUUAAACCCUGUUUGAAAUUUUACUUCAAUCUGAAACUAUUUGCUGUGGUCUCAUGUUAUGGUUCUACCUUUCCUUAGUAUGAAAUGCCUACUGGACUACAAAACCUCGGCAACACUUGUUACAUGAAUGCUACUGUGCAGUGCCUUCGUAAUGUUCCAGAGCUGAAGGAUGCCCUUGCAAAGUAAGCCUUGGAAAUUAUGCUUGGUAAAAAAAAAAAUUCCCAGGAAGUGUUUACCUUUUCACUUCUAAUAUCUGUUAUUAAAUAAUUUUCCUUUCUAUCUGCUAUAAAAUUCCUAUGAUGUUAGUUUGGAGAAAUUGGUAUUGGAUCAACUAAUAAUCCUCUUCUCUAUAUAUUUCUUCAUUCUCAUGACUUGUUUGCUUGAUAUUGUAUUGACAUUGUAAAGAGAAACUCUAUCUUGAUCACUCAUGAGAGUUUAAGGGUUAAAGCUUGAGGUUAUUUUACCUUUUGAAUGAGAAAUAUGAAAUGUUGAAUGUUGCAACACAAAUCGUGCUUCAAACAUUCAAACAUUCAGUUUCAUCAUUAUUUUAUCUUUAACCCUUUCACUCCCAUGAGUGACCAAGACAGAAUUUCUCCGUACAUUAUCAUACUAUGUCAAGCAGACUAGUAAUGAGAAUAAAGAAAAAUAUCAAAUUGGAGAUUAUUAGUUGAUCUAAUACCAAAUUCUCCAAACUAAUAUGAUGAGAAUUGUAUGGCAGACAGUAAAGAGAACUAAAAAUGAGAUCCUUGGAGUGAAAGGAUUAAGGAGAAGGUAUUUUAAUAGUUUCUUUUUACAAUAUUUCUUUUUCUAAUAAAUUCCAUAUGAACACAAAUUUAAAGUUUUUUCUUACACAUUGACACAUUCUUGUUAUGAUUUUGUAUCAGAUAUAAUAUCAGUGGGAACCCAAGAGAUUCUGCGCACUCCAUUACAGUGGCACUUAGAGAUCUUUACAGGAUUAUGGACAAAACACCAGAUUCUAUGCCGCCAAUUAUUUUUCUACAGGUUUGUCUUACCUGUCUUGACUAUGAACUUGAAAACAGAUUGAACUACUUUGUUUUAUUGUUUUAUAUUGCCUUGGAAAGCUUUAACUCUUUAUACCCAGACAUCUGUUCAGUAUCUAUAUUCUCUAUACUCUUCUCCAUACAUUUCUUUUAAUACUGACAGGGAUAAUUUGUUUUACAAUCAAAACUUCUUAGGUUGGUGAUCAUUCCCUUUAUUCUCAUGAUUUUAAUGAAUGGUUCAAUAGAAAUUACUGCAAGGAGAAGUUAGAUGUUGAUCACUGUUAAAGUUAAAAAGGUUAAGGAAAACAUAAUCAGAUUUCAAGGAGCCUAGCAUACAACUUGUACUCAAACCAUUACAAAACGUGCCAUAAAAUUUUACUAAACCCUUAACGCUUUAAUCUGAGUAUGCAUACUCUCCAUACUGUUCUCUAUACAUUUUCUAAGGUGCUGACAAGGAGAAUUUGUUUAACAAUCAAAUGCUUCUUUAGUUGGUGCUCAUGCACUUUAUUCUCCUGACCUUUAUAAUUGAUUAAAGGCUGAUACUGUAGGGAGAAAUUAGAUUCUAAUCACUUUGAGCAGUUAAAGGGUUGAGUGGAUUAAGGUCAAUAACUUUUUGACUUGUGAACCAUUUUUUUUUCCAGAUACUGCACAGUGUGUUUCCUCAAUUUGCAGAGAAAACUGAACAAGGAAUAUACAUGCAACAGGUUAUAAAAUACAACAUCUUGUUGUUUUUCGAGCAUUUGGUUACUAAUGUUCGCAUUGAGUUUUCCAUGAUCCUGUAUUUUUCUAACCUUGAGAUACAUUAAUCAGUUAUGUUCCUAUACCUUUGGGUUUUUUUGUGUGUAGCAUUUGAAAUAAAUUUUAAUUUAGGAGGGUAAAUCUGAGCUAAAGGAAAGUUUUUUUGUCACAAUACAGGGAAGUUUCAGUUAACCAUGUAGUGGGUUCUUUUUUUAACCCUUUAGACUUAAGAAGUUUAUAUUAUAAGUUGGAACAAUUAUUAAUUAAUUAAAAGUAAAUUUUAGAGUUUGUUUCUGAAAAAAAAACUUUUCAGGAUGCAAAUGAAUGCUGGACACAAAUAAUUCGCAUGCUGCAGCAGAAGAUACCAGCCAUAAAACCUGAUGAAAAUGGAGAUGACUCUGGAGCCAGUGCAGCUGCAGCAAAAGGAUUCAUUGAUCAGUAUUUUGGUAAGGGAAUUGUUUGACAAGUAUUGUAUCACAGACAGAUUAGUAGACUCCUAUAAAUUUCCUAGAGUCUUAAGCUUAGAUAUGUCAAUUUUAUUUUAUAGGCUUUCCCUUCUUUCCCCCCCCCCCCCCCCCCCUCACAAAUGGGAUUGGUCAAAAUGUACCAUUGGGAAAAAACUGCUAUGGAGUGCAAAUGAAUAGAGGGGGAAGGGGGUUAGUUUCUAAAGAAACUGUAGUGCUGCAUCAAUGGGGGAGUAUAACAAGAUGAUUUGGUUUAACAACUGAGUUGGUAAAUGUAAAUUGGCCACUGUCAAGAGUUUCAAAGUUGAUGUUUUGAGCAUUAGCCCUUUAUUAUGAAGUACAGUUAUAAAAUGGCCAAUAGUCACACAAUAGAAAUCUUUCUAUUACCUAAGAUUUUUAAUUUAACUCAGCUUAUCAGAUAGUGACCAGAAUAUUUUCCUCUUUGAAUUGGUUGUGAUACUGUAAUGACAUACUGACCUUACCUUUUCAUUUUUUCCUUUCAGGCAUUGAGUCAGAGUCAAUGUAUCCUUUAAAUUUUAUUAACAUUAUUAAAAUCAUUGUUUGGAGGUCAGGGACUAAGGAUUUUACUGUAAUCUUACUUCAAUGUUGUCAAUGAAUGUUAAUCCUUUGACCCCUAAGAGUGAUAAGUGUCUAAUUUCUCCUUACAAUAUCACCCUGAAUCACACAUUAAGGUCAUGAGAAUAAAGGAAAUGAUCACCAAUUUAAGAGGCCUUGAUUGUUAUUCAAAUACUCCUUGUAGCACCUUGGGGAAUGUAGAGAAAAUUGUAUGGAGAGUAUGCAUACUGAUGUUAGGGUGUAAUGGGUUAAAAGAAACUUUUACACAACAUUUUUCCCUAACUGUGGUAUAGUAUGAAGUGUAAUGAAGCACCAGAGGAGCCAGAGACAAAAUCCAAGGAAACACUGUUUCAGUUGAGUUGUUUUAUUUCACAAGGUGGGUGAUGAUUUAGCUGGAGAAAAGUGAUACCCCUCUGUCUGCAUUGUGUAUUCUAUUAACCCCUUAACUUCCAAGAUCUGAUUGUUAAUUCUCCCCUUUAGCUGUUUUGCAUUUCCUUGUAAAUUAGUUAAGAGAAUUUGGUGUUACAUCAGGGUAACAACUUCUACCUGAUAAGUUUGAGUAUUCUCAUUAUAUGUUUGCUGGAUAAUGUAUGGAUGUUAGAGGGAAAAGUAACAUGUUUUAUCAUUUCUGAGAGUUAAAGGGCUUAACAAGCUGAAAUUGGCAGUGCUUGAUUGUAAUGGAAAUGUCCAAGUUGUUAUGAAUCCUUAGAUUUUGAAAUUACAAGUUUGCAUAGAAUUUCUGAAGAGGAUUUGCGUUAAAGAUGGAGCAACAAAAGGAAAUCAGAGGAAAUAAUAAAAGCAGUUAUUUUCAGAUCCAGACAUUGAACCACAUUAUUAACUGGAAGACUGUAGAAAAUUUUAUGCAAUUUGUGAUUAAUUUUGCCUUUACUGCAAAUUUUAAAUCUUGUAUUCUCGACAUGAGUCAAUUUUAAUUUAAACAACAUUUUUGUUGUUUUCAGAUGUGAAAUACAUGCAUACUGGUCUAAAAAGUGUAAGUGUUUUUCUUAAUUCUCUUCCUUACUUUAACUCCUAGAUCAAAUUUGUCAUUCUCCUUACUGUCAACCAUACAAUUCUUAUAAUGUUAGUCAGAGAAUUAAGUAUUGGAUCAACUAAUUAUCCCCAAAUUGAUAUUUUUCUUUAUUCUCAUCACUUAUCUGCAUGACAUUGUAUUGAUAUUGUAAGGAGAAAUUCUGUCUUGGUCACUCAUGGGAGAUAAAGGUUAAAGAAAGUUAGAGAGUGGUAACUUCCUGUAAACAAUACCUUCAUUGCUGUAUUUUUUUUCCUUGUUGUUUGCACAUCACAAAUGUAUGUUUUAAAAUCUUCUUUUUAAUGUUUUUUCCUGUGGCUUAGCGUCUUGAAGAAACUAUUGAAAAACGCUCACCAACACUUGGUCGUGAUGCAGUGUACACAAAAACUGUAAGCUGUUAAUUGUUACUUUGUUCAAGUAUAAUUCCAGAACGCUUCUUAGUUUUGUGCUUCAUUUCCAGUGCGAAGAAUAUCAAAAUGUUUCCAACAAAUAUCAGAACAGCAUGACAUUAAAAGGGUCAAUUACUAUUCUUUAUCAAUGGUGGAUGAGGGCAGCUCAUUCCUUUGAAAUUUGGCCAAAAAAUUGCUCUUUAUUUCUUUUCAGUCAAAGCUGAGUCGACUCCCUGCCUACCUAACUGUCCAGUUUGUCCGGUUUUAUUUCAAAGAGAAGGAUGCAAUUAAUGCCAAGAUUCUCAAGGUGAAGUAAAACUUUGUUUGCAUCUCUCAUGAGCUCUCAGAAACUCUCAGCAUUGAUUAGUACCUAUUGGUAACCUAUGGUAGCUCUCUGCAGACUCUGGAAAAUUUUCAAGUCCAUUUAUCCUUUAUCCAUGUUUAGUUUUCAUUCUUUGGCUGGAGCUGAGAUUCAUUGAUUGUGUGCCAUUCUUGUGAGUUAUUUUCAUCGUUUUCAUGCCAUGACUAUUGUGUACUUUUUAUAUAAUAUAAAAAACAGGAUGUGAAGUUCCCAAUGUCUCUUGAUGUCUUUGAACUGUGCACUGAAGAACUUCAACAGAAGCUGUUGCCAGUUCGAACAAAAUUCAAAGAAGUUGAGGACAAGAAAGUUGAAGAAGCUGCGGUAAGGUUAAGAUACCUACGUUGUCCUUGCAAACUAACAAGUUAUUGACUUUUCGAAAUUGGAUGGUCCGUCAAUCAGUCUUUAGGUUGACUGAUCAGUCUGUUGGUUGCCAAUCUACAGGCCCAUCACUGAGUCAGUCAGUCUGAGAGUCACUCAGUCACACAGUCACUCAGGCAUUCAGUCUGUUAGGUAGUUCGUCUGUCAUUCUGUUAGUGAACCAGUCAGUUUGUUAAUGAGUUAGUGGGUCAGUCAUUUAGUCAGUCUGAGUCACUAAGUCAGUUAGUGAGUUACUCAGUCAGUUAGUAAGUCAAUCAUUAAGUCAGUUAGUAAAUGAGUCAGUCAGUCAGUCGGUUAGGCUGUGAUUCAUUCAGUAGGUCAGAAAAUGGUCGUUCAGCUGGCCAGCUAAUUGAUUGCUGGGUCAUCUAUCAAUCACUUCAAUUUUUUGGCCUCAUAAACUUGCCACACACUACUUUGACUUUGUCUUCUUCAUUUGAUAUACUAUUUUUUUUUUCUAGAAUCGUAAAAAAGAAGGCAAACAACCGAUGGAUGUGGACAAGAAAACAAAACUGGAGCCCUUUUCAUUCCAUGAUGGUCUGUUAUGAACCUCAAUGAUUAGUUUUAGCUUAGAGAUUUAAUCAGCCGCUAAAGAACUUUUCUCUAAUACAACUAAACGUUCACUUUUUAGCUGGUACUUACUCAUUUUCCAUAUGCAAUAUUAGUCAAGUGAAUUUCUACAGAUAUAUCUCAAAGCAAAUAUCUUCCCCCCCUAUAGAUAUCGGUUCAAACAACAGCGGUUAUUACGAACUAACAGCAGUAUUGACUCACCAAGGACGGUCUUCUUCAUCUGGACAUUAUCUGGCUUGGAUCAGAAGGAAAGGAGGUACCCCAGCUGGUUAUUUUUAAUCUGUCUCUACUUUCUCCAUCCUUUUCCUCCCUUAUUGCUUUUGGUUUAUUUUUUACCUCUUAAGUUUUUGUCUUGCCUUGAAAAGUAUUAGUAUCAAGUAUAUUUUUUCAUCGUUAUUUAAAGGAAAGCUUUAACAGUAUGCCCCUAACGCAAUGCAAAGCCUGCUCGAAAUUUCUAGACGUGAAGGUUCUUGAACUCAAUUCAUUUGAUGUUUGUAUAGCCUUGCAAACUAUAAUUAUCUUUGAGUUUCUUUUCGUACGUUAAGAAAGCACGUAAUGAUUUGUCUGUAAUGCAAAGACAACUCAGAACUUUGUAUUUCGAAGUUUCUUUAAAAGUCGUUUGACAAUGUUUGGGAAUAAAACAUAGUGAAAAAAAAUUUUUUUAAUUAACUCAAAGCGACGGACUAGUACAUGUAGCUAGGGUGAAAUACUAUCUCAACCAAUAAGACGUUUGCUACUGAUUUAUCGUAAGGUUUUUCCUUUUAUUCCCUAAGAGUGAAUCGCAUCUAAGGUCACGAGACCAAAGGAAAUGAUCACCAACCAAAGAUGCUCUUGAUUGUUAAACAAAUUCUCCUUGUCAGCGCCUUAGGAAAUAUAUAGAGAACAGUAUGGAGAAUAUGCAUGCUGAUAUUAGGGUAUAAAGGGGUUGAUAAUCUUAGGAGAUGGUAAAAGAUAUUUUGUCCUUUGUAGAUGACUGGGUGAAGUGUGAUGAUGACAAGAUGUCAAACGUCACAACCGAAGACAUUAUCAAACUGUCUGGCGGUGGUAAGACUAUUGAACCUUUUUGCAAUUAAAUAACGUAAGCCUAAAUGCUCAGGAUUAGAUAGUUGAUUGCUAAGCGUUCAAAAGAAAAGUGCUGAAUAGACUUCCGUAUGACUGGAAACUCAGAAAACCGUGAAUAUUAAAGAUGUUUGUGGUAUGUCGUUGUGUUUCAAGGGAAAAGCUAGUCCGGAGUCAGUAAUAGAUCAGAGAUGACGUCAAAGCGUGGUAAAAUAAAAAAAAAAGGCGCAAAGAUGAUAUUCUUACACGUUUUGACGUCUGUGAUCUGUUACUAGGGACCUAAGCAACUCACGACGGCGACGGAUGAAUGCUAAUGAUGACGUCAUCAACGUAUCUGUCCUUAAAUAGAUCAUGAAUAAAGACCAAUCGGAGUACGUGAUUAGUUCAACAUUAUCAAAUAUUUUAAGAUAACUAUGGUGAUUCUUUGUUUAGGUGACUGGCAUUGUGCUUACGUUUUGCUUUACCGACCACGUCAACUGGAAGUUGAAGAUGACAACUGAAAAUUGCAAAC